GCCCAGGAUGGAUUGUGACGUACUUUCGAUUCGAAAUAAUGCGGCUCGUUCGUUUCCGGUCCCUUUGUUUACUUCGAGCUAGCUAGAGUGAAAGUUUAGGCUACUUCAUCAUGAGUGUACGCAGAAAAAUAUUCAAGACGGAACAUUUUCAAAAACAGAUGAAGAAAUACUCCGAGCAUUGCUGUGUCCCACUUUGUUCGGCGUCAUCCAAGUUUAACGGCAUACUGAGUUUCCAUGGCUUUCCGACCCAUAUCGACCUGAGAAGACAAUGGCUGGUAACCAUACGCCGGGAUCAUUUCACCAUCUCCUCUCACACUAAGGUCUGCAGCAGACACUUCGCCACUGAUCAGCUCAUAGAGCCAACAACCCUUAAUGGUCGAAAGAGGCUUGUUAAAGGCGCUGUACCGACGCUCUUUGAAUGGAAUGGCUAUACAAUUGGAACUCCACGGCGUAGUGUGUGGGAGAGAACAGUCCCUCCUGAGGAGCAAGAACAGCGCAUCGAUGGCACGAGGGAUCACGACUACUGCUCCGUCCCUGAACCGUCUGCACUGGACAUGUCCUCAUCAGCGGUAGAAAAUAUGUCUAAAGAAAGUGAGGAUCUGAGAACGGAAUUGCAGGAGUUGCGUGUCCAGCGAGCGCGUAAUGCCAUUUUCGCUAUGACACAAAGCAAAACCAGAAAGUGGUGCUGUGUACCUAUGUGUAAAAACAGUAAACAAAAACAGCCGUAUUUAAGCUUCCAUUGUUUUCCCGAGGAGAAGGACAGAAGGAGGAAAUGGGUUCAGGCCAUAAGAAGGGAGGAAGGUCCGUUGUUUAAAAUAACGAAGUCAACGCACGUAUGUAGUCUACAUUUUAAGGAGGGAGACGUGUAUCUAACUCCUGGUGGCAUCAACCGUGUGAAGGGCGAUGCGGUGCCUUGCCGUUUUCCGUGGGCGGACGGGUCUUCACACAAACGAUUCGUUUAUAAAAGAGAUAAGGCACGCCUUGGAUCUCAUGGUCGGGAGGUACCUUUAUGUAAGAUGGAAGAGGUGUGUGAAGAGAAGGCAGCCGUUACUGGUGUCUUAUCAGAUCAUGACUACCAUGCUCAGGCACCUCAAGGAACUGUCGAUUCAGUCAAGGAAGAAUCUUCUCACUGGAGUGACGGCCAGAGCCUUUGCUAUGACAAUGCUGAAAUAAUAUCCGUGCUCAUCAAGGAGGAGGAAAUUGAGGAAGAGAUUGCUGAACCGGACCCUGUUGUCACAGUGCCCAAAUUGGAGCCCAGUGAUAAAGAAGAGGAGGAAGACAGCAGACAGACCGCGCACCCAGAAAAGUGCAGAUUGCGGGGCGGCCUGUAGACAGUUGUCCAGCCUGCGGCUGCACCAGCACGCUCAUGCUGGGGAGAAGCGCUUCGUUUGCACGCAGCGCGAAAAGAGUUUCAGCAGGCUCACGAAGUGGCUCACGCCGGCAGGAAGGAGCGUGGCUGCGACCGGUGCGGAAAGACCUUCGGCCGCCGGGCGCACCUGAAAGCGCAUGCUCGUCUGCACACCGGUGAGAGGCCCUACUGCCGCGCGGCGUGCGGGAAGAGCUUCGACAAGCCCGGGAGCCUGAGGGCGCACGUGCACAUGGGGGGGGAGGGGGUGCUACGGCUGCCCCGAGUGCCGGAGGGGCUUCGCCCGACGCGUCGCACCUGAGGAUCCACUGCAGAAUCCACACGGGGGGGGGAGAAGCCCUACCACUGCGGCGACUGCGGCAAGAGCUUCCACCAGAGGGGGCAGCUCAGAGUGCACCGGCUGUACCGCGCCGGUGAGAGGCCCUUCUGCUGCCUGGAGUGCGACAAGAGCUUUGUGGAGCUGGGCAGCCUGAGGCGGCAUCAGCGGGUGCACAGGGAGAAGGUGCCCCGCUGCGGCGGGUGCCACGUCACCUUCAGGCGGUCGGAGCGGAUGGACCGGACUGGCACCGGCGUCUCCACGCGGCCCGGCCGCGACUCCUUCCCCUGCUCCCUCUGCAGAGAGAGCUUCCGCAGCCCCUACAAGCUGAGGGUGCACGUGCUCGCCCCCACACCGGGGAGAGGCCCUACCUGCUGCUGCCCCGCGUGCCCCAAAGCCUUCCUCACCAAGUCUGACCUCAGCCGCCACCUGCGCGUUCACACCAGAGACAGGCUGCUGCAGCAGCAGGCCCAGUGACGCACGGAGCUGACUGGCUAUUCAUGUCCAGACCUGAAUGUUGCACUGUGGUGAUUUCACCUGCACAUUGUUCUACAUGUUCAAUUAUUUGUUUAUUUUUAAAGGAUGGUGGUUGACAGUAAAUAUUCUGUGUUUGAUCAUAUCUUCAUGAUGUGCUUUUGACCAAGUCAAAUACGAGUCCCCAAAGACUGAAGUAAAUGCACUUUUACUGUGCAAGAUUUUUAACCUUGUUUUGGUCCUGUGUUUACAAUCAAAGAGGUGUCCUCCUGCAUGCUUAACCCAGCCCACUCACCUCCUUUUUUAUAUUUUAUAUACGUAUUUUGCCUUUUUAUUUUAAUAUCUGCAUUUUUUAUAGCUGCCAACAUCGAGGAAAAGUAAUUCCAACAGAAAAUUGUCACUCAGAGAGAGGGAUAUCAAAAUGUUCUGGAACACCAAAUGACAUUAAACUUUCCCAAAAGUGGGUAACCAACAAA